AUGGUCAAGACGUUGUUGCUGUGUUUUAUACACGGCUUCAAAGGAGACGAAGAGACCUUCUUUGAAUUUCCAGACGCACUCAAGAAAUCCGUGUCGCAAAAGUCCCCACAUCUGGAUGUGCAGACGAGAGUAUAUCCCAAAUACGAGACACGAGGGGAUCUAGCCGCUUGUGUGGAGACAUUCAGAGAAUGGCUGCAAGAUCAGGUUACCAAUCUUGAAAGAGAUGCCGCGACUCCAUCUGCUAUUCUGGAUCCUUCAGUGGGGGUAGUCUUGGUGGCUCAUUCUAUGGGAGGUUUUGUGGCAGCCGACGCAUUAUUCUCGGUGCUUGACGAUAGACCAGUGUCGAAUAUACCAGGGCAGAUGUUGAUGUUCCCGCUGAUUCAUGGCGUCCUCACUUUUGACACGCCCUUCAAUGGGCUGUCUCGCUCCAUGUUUGCGUAUGGAGCAUUCUCACAGUAUCAGAACCUGAGCUCGGUUUGGAACAUCUUUUCAACUGUAUCCUCUUCCCUCACUGGAGCAUCGACUCCUUCAGCUCUAGCCACCACAGCUCAAGCAUCCUCUUGGAUGCGCUGGCAGACACUUGCUGCCCGUACCGGAACAUAUGGUGCUAUCGUGGCAGGAGGAGUCGCGGCGUACAUCCACAGAGAUAGCAUCCGCACCUCCCUCUCAAAAAUCAAGAAGGAAGAUCUCAAUCCUUACAACAUCAACUACAAAGACAAUGUAUCGCGAGGGCUCACCUACGUGAGUCGCGACAGUAUUGGUGAAGGCUUUGCAUGGAUGGCAAGCCAUCUUAAAUUCGUCGGCGCUCUAAUGAAACAAGCACAACUGACGACCCGGCUUGAAAGACUCAGCCAACUCGAAGGCUUGGGCAUCAAAGAUCUCUACACCUCUCUCGGCGAAAACGGCUAG